UCCACUUUAAACCUUCGUCCAAAAUAAAAAAUAAAAAAAGCGGAAAAAACACCCCCUCAAAUUAAGUCUUGGAGCAGGAGCAAUGGCGAGCGAAGAGGAGAGCACAGUGAAAGAGCCCCUCGAUCUCAUCAGGCUCAGCUUGGACGAGCGCAUCUACGUCAAGCUCCGAUCCGAUCGAGAGCUUCGUGGAAAACUUCAUGCUUAUGAUCAGCACUUGAAUAUGAUACUUGGAGAUGUAGAAGAAAUUAUCACUACAGUAGAGAUUGAUGACGAAACAUAUGAAGAG